AUGCGAGUCGUUAACACGGCCUUUCUGAAAGGUCACCGUUCAAUGAACCCGUGUCCCGUGUACGACUCCUUCACCGGGACGCUCUUCCUCUUCUUCAUCGCUGUGCUUGGUCACACCACAGAGGGGUACCAGCUGAAAACAGGCAACAAUGUCACUAGGCUAUGCUACGUGUACAGUCAGGACAAUGGGGAGACCUGGAGUCCUGCCACUGACCUCACUAAGAAGGUCAUAGGUGACACAAUUAAAGCAUGGGCUACCUUUGGUCUCGGACCAGGCCAUGCGAUACAGUUAAAGUCUGGCCGUCUACUUAUCCCAGCCUACACCUACUACAUUGACUGCAGGCAGUGCUUCGGAAAGCUCUGUAAAACCACUCCCCAUGCCUUCUGCUUCUACAGCGACACACAUGGCAAGACUUGGCAUUUUGGUGAAAUGGUGCCAGAACCUGAAUGUGUGGAGUGUCAGCUGGUCUCGGUGGACGAAGAGGAUGGGACCAACGUGCUCUACCUUAACGGGCGCAGUACCCUUGGAUCCCGCGUUCAGGCCCUCAGUUUUGAUGACGGCAUCAUUUUCAAAAGAGGACAACUCGUGCACAAGCUUGUGGAGCCUAGAAAUGGUUGUCAUGGGAGUGUAAUUGGAUUUCCAGCACCUUUCAACCUCCUCCAGAAGUCCAAAUUGGGUGACGUCCAUUCACCUACUACUGCAGCAAGCACCUCUGAGAAUUUUUUAUCACCAACCUGGGUGGUAUAUGGACAUCCAACCUGGGCCAAGGCUCGACAGGAUCUUGGCUUGUACCUCAACGUGCGGCCCCGUGACCCGGACAGCUGGACAGAACCGUGGGUCAUCUACGAGGGUCCGAGUGGAUACUCAGACCUGGCUUAUGUGGAGGUGGCAUCUACAGACAAACCACCAGUUCCUGUUUUUGCCUGUUUAUUUGAAAAUGGCACAAGGACAGCAUAUGACGAGAUUUCAUUUUGCAUAUUUACACUGUUUGAGCUUAUUAAUAACCUCCCACCAUAUCUGAGUAGUGUAAAAUCGGCAGAGAAAGAAAAAAGGAGAAGGAAGAAGAAGAGAAUGAGUCAGUUUUGUAGAGUGUGUUAG